UGUGCACAGCACUCCACUAUUCUGAACAUUUAUGGGAUAUAAAACGUACUCACGGUUCUUCUCGCCUGUUUAUGGGGCAGUAACGGCUGUGAUAAUUAAAUGCAAAUAUACAGACAUUUUAAAAGGCCAAGUUCACUUCCAAAGUUCAUAUAACAGGCUCAAGCUGCAUUUCAAGUUUAUGUGAGUGCCAGGUAACACAAAACAAAAGCUGGUAGGUAAAACACUAAUUUAUAUAAUUAUUAAUCGGAUAAAAAAUAAUGAAAUGAUUAAGAAUUGAAUAGUGAUUAUAAUUAUAAUAAAUAAAUCUAAUUAUAAUAAAUUAAUCUGUUCUAUAUUGAUAUAUUUUACAUCAUCAUUUGUCUUCAAUCAUCAUUAAUAAUGUUGCUGAUAUUCAUAUUCUAAAUACUACAUUAACCUUUUAAGAUUUGCUGUACUUUAAAAAAAAUCACGUAGACCUACACUAAAUGAAGGACCUGAGAAAUAUGCAGGGCCAAGAAUAUCAUAGAGAGGUUUAAGUGGGUCUUUUCAGCUGAUGAACCACCUAGCAAUGCCUUAGUUAAUUCAUAGAAAAACCCUCGCAACCCUAAAACUGGCAAACUCCCUCACAUUUCCUUUAGAAAACAUAAAUAUCUUUUGGAAACAUCUGUGUUUUUAUUUAAUAACUGAACCAAACAGUCAAUACACAGGACUCUGCUUAUGACUAAAACUGUUUAUGAGUCUGAAAUAAAGCUGUGACUCGUUCACGGUGGGAUUUUUAGGGGACAGAUUAAGGGCACAAAUAAAAAUGUCAUUUUCCUGGCCGACGUUUCUUUCGCCCAAUUUAUGUCCAGCUUUGGACUUUCUGCAGGUCAGUGCAUUGCUCUAGAGACGUGUUUGAGCAGCUCAUUUCACCUGAAGCUCUACUGCUCUCCAGCAGAUUUUAAAAAAUGUUUCAAAGGCACAUCAAGAAGUCAGAGGGGCAAAAAACUCCUAAAGUGGAGCUUCAGAUCUCUAUAUAUGGUGUGAAGAUAAUGGAUCUUAAAACCAAGGAGAUGCAGCAUAACUGCCAACUUCACAGAAUGUCCUUCUGUGCAGACGACAAAACAGAUAAAAGGAUCUUCACCUUUAUCUGCACAGAACCCGAGACGAAGAAACACCUGUGUUACGUCUUUGACAGUGAAAAAUGUGCGGAGGAGAUCACUCUUGCUAUUGGACAAGCCUUUGAUCUCGCCUACAAGAAGUUCCUAGAGUCUGGUGGAAAAGAUGUAGAGACGAGAAAACAGAUUGGAAACCUUCAGAAACGAAUUCAGGAUCUGGAGAUGGAGAACUCAAAACUGAAGAAGAAGCUUAAGGAACUGGAGGAUCAGCUGCUGGAUUCUCGCUGUUCUCCAUCUAUCUUUGUCUCUCUCUCCCCAACCCCCAGUGUCCUUUUUCAGCACCAGCAUGUUAAUGUUUCUAAUGAGCCGUGCAUUUUGCAGAAGCCGCCUGCCUUGUCCUGGUGUGGUGAUGAUGUCACAUCACUGUCCAGCCUAGAGAUCUCCUCUGUCACUCUAACGCCUGCCAGCUCACCCGAUUCCAGCCAAUCAGCAAGCUUGCUCACCCCGCCACCUGCUAAGCCCACCCACUCAAAGCUCACAAGUGGUUGCAUCAUGCCACGACCUCGUGCUGGAAGCAUACAAGCUAGAGUGCCCUCUACUGACAUAUUUGAUAUGGUUCCAUUCACCCCCGACUCUCCAAUAACAAGACGGCUGAACUGUAACAGCAUCUCAUCUCCGUACCUGCCUCCAAAAAAAGACAGAGAUAUAGACCUGUUUGGAAUAGAACCAUUUGAUCCGUUCAUUUGUGGACCUGCUGUCUUCACCCCAGACAUCCAGUCCAAACUGGAUGAGAUGCAGGAGGGGUUCCAAAUGGGACUGACUCUAGAGGGGACGGUGUUUUCCCUGGAUCAGGUGGAUAGCCAAUGCUGAUUUUGAAAAUACAUUUUUGUAAAUGCUGUGAUUCUUGAUCACAAAUCUUUUAAAGUAUAUUGCAUAUUAAAUAUUUGAUUUUGAAUUUAGUUUGAAAGAAAUGUUGCAGGAGCCUCAAAAAAGUCUGUAGAGGUCAUUUCUAUUUUUAUAAGAAAAAAUUAGCAUUUAAGAUUGUACAUACAGUUUAUGAUUUGUGUUCUGACCAAAUUUAGAUUAAAAUUUUAAAUUCAAAGACGCAUUCAUUCAUGGCCAAAAGUUGUUUAGAAUCUUUUAUACCAAAUGAUGAAAGAAGGUAAAAAAAAAUUGUUGCUCAUGUUGUAAUGGUGCAAUCAUAACCUGUAAUGGAACUUUUUUAUUUCAAGGUUAUAGAUUUAUUAGUCUUGAAAUAUAAAAAAAAAUGAUGGGUCUUUGAUAUGUUCAGCAAGAUCAUUGCUGAGGUUUAUAUUUCCUGAUGUUCAGAUCCUUUUUACUUCCGUUGAUGACUGUUUUAAUAUUUGUUAAAUGCGUUUAACUUGCUCUUUGGUGGUGAAUAAAUGAAAACUGAAAACUA